AUGGAUGCUGAAUUGCUAGAUUUCUAUGGCAAGCUUAUUGGUGUUGUUGACCCUAAAGUUGUGAGCUGCUCUUCUGAAUGGCUUAAGGAUCUCCUGGGCAACUCCUUGCCUGUUGAUGCAGAGAGGAUUCUUGAGGGAGAGGUUUCAGAUAGAGAAAUUAAGGAAGCCUUGUUUAGGCAAAGGAAAGACAAAAGUCUUGGGCCAGAUGGCUACACCUCCUGGUUCUUCAAGGUUGCUUGGGAAAUUGUGCACAAAGACUUCCUCAGUGCAAUGAGGAUUUUGGUCUCUAGGCUAGCCCAAUUCUUUCCCAAGAUGAUUUCUGCUAGCCAAUCCGCUUUUGUUAAGGGCAGAAGUAUCACAGAUAACACUUUACUAGCACAGGAAAUUGUUAGGGGUUAUUCUAGAAAGAACCUCUCACCUAGGUGUGCAAUUAAAGUGGACAUGCAGAAAGCUUUUGAUUCAUUUAGCUGGGAUUUUUUGUUAAAUGUUAUGGGUGCUAUGGCGCUGCCUGCUAGGUUCUGUGCUAAGGGUGUUAGACAAGGGGACCCUCUGUCCCCUUAUCUGUUUGUGAUAGUCAUGAAUGUGCUAUCCAAAUUGCUUGAUGCUGCAGCCAAAAACGGAGUGACAAGUAUUUUAAAUGUGUUUUAUGAAUUAUUUGGGCUCAAACUCAAUGUUAUGAAGACUGAGCUUUUUACUUGUGGGAUUAAUGGGGAUGAUUUGGUAUAUAUUCAAAGGACAAUUGGUUUUAGGGUUGGUCAACUCCCUGUCAGGUACUUGGGGGUGCCCCUAGUGACCCGGAAACUCUCUAAGAAAGACUGUGCAGCUCUGCUCGGAAGGAUCAAGGACAAGCUAAGGCAGUGGUCUAGUAGAAAGCUAAGCUUUGGUGGUCGGCUGCAGUUUAUAAAAGCAGUUUUGUUCAGUAUUUUUAAUUACUGGAGCAUGAAACUAAUCAAGUUGCGUGAGGAGGCAAGAAGGUUAUUUACUGCUUCGGUAUGUUGGUCACAAGUAAAUGGGAGCUGGAUUUGGGAUAAGAUUCGGGAAAAGAGAAGCAAAGUGGCCUGGCACCGUAUCAUCUGGUUCCCUGCCCAUAUUCCCAAGUUCUCGUUGAUCACGUGGAUGGCAACUCUUGAUAGGCUGCUUACUAAGGAGAGGUUGAGCAGAUUUGGCAUGGUGGUUGAUGCUAAUUGUGUGUUUUGUGGUGCUGAGCAGGAAUCCAGAACACAUAUUUUCUUGGACUGCUCUUUCUCAAAUGAGGUAUGA